GCAACAGUGAGAUCAUGUGACCUCAGUCGAUAAACAUGAGAGCUGUUUACAACUGGAUAAAACCUAUAACACUUCUUUUCUUGUUUAAUACAUGUUUUCACGCAAGUUACCAACUGACUGAAACUCAGCUAUGUAGUCGCUGUGACGGAGCUCUCCUCAACAACACCGAAGUGGGUCAUUUUUGUUAUUCAUCCGCUGGACGGAUACACGGCCGGUGCUGUCUGAGCAACGACAACACAAGCGACCAUGAACGCAUCAUCGGGUUGGAUCUAUCUAAUUGUUCAUUAACUCGUGUAGAGGAUCUUGAAGACGCAUAUACAGUUGUAAUGAUAGACCUCUCACUCAAUCCUAUUGUCAACAUGAGUGAUACAACAUUUCAAGGAUUUCGUGACCUAAAUUACAUGAUUUUGCCACAAAAGAUACUUUGUCCAGGGGGAAACACUUUUUGGGAAAAAGUGAACGUCACAAAGGGAAAUCGUGUUUGUCAAGGCCAAAAAAAUACUUGCAACCAGACUGGACAGCUAUCUAUGAACUGUCCAGAAAACUCCCUCUGCACCCCCUAUGGCCCCGGCUUCUUCGAGUGCAGCUGUGCUGAAAGCUUCCACGGAUACAAGUGUCUUCGAGUGGGGGAGUUCCCAACUGUGACAGUGUUUGGGCCUCUCGCAGCGUCUACAGUCGUGGUCUCCGUCCUGCUGUGGGUCACCCAGAGACGUAAGGCCAAAUCCCUCUGAAGCUCAUCUGCUGUCGACUGCUUUUAAUCACGCUGAAACUGAAUCUCCUGAAAGGGACAAAGCUGACAGAGGCUAGACAGGCCUCUAAAAUAUUUUUGAAUUUUACAACUUUUUAUUUAAGAGAAAUAUAUACACAACUGACCUUCUUUUUAAGUUUGUGCAAUUUUAGUAAAAAAGACUUGCUUCACUUUUAAAAUGUUCCCCUAUCAUGUUCUGCUAAAAAUGUCCACCAUUAUCUGUUUAGUGCUGUUGACGGUUACCAAAUAGUGACUUCUGCAGAGAUCUGUGCCACGUAAGUGCUGAGAGUUUGCAGCUUUAUACAAAUACUGACUGUCAUUGAGUGUUUUAAAGUAUUUAAGUUACUGCAUGUUGAACAUGUAUUUUGCUGUGAGCAAAGAUCAUUUGUUACAAUAGUGAACUACCUAAACUGCAGGUUUGGCUGCACUUUAAUGGAAAAUGUAGUUAGUGUAGUUCUAAAGUAAUUUGUUUUAAAUAAAGUGGGACACUUAGUUUAACCGUGGUUCAUUUUCAGCAAAUCAGUGAAUCAUUGUGGAGUCCAUGAACAUGUUUGUUCAUGUCUUUUUAAAACUUCAUCACAUUGUGUGAAAUAUUGUUGUUUGACUCCAAAACAUGGUCAUCUCUUUUGGUCAGGGUUCCAAUAAAGAUUUUAAGAUGUAGACCGGUUGUUGUUUUUUCAGACCCUCACACUGUGCAAAAUUUACAGUGACCUAUUUUUUUAAUUCAUUGUUUUGGUGCACUUUUGCACAAAUGUAUUCAAACUCUGAUAUAUAAU